AUGGGGCCUCGAGGCCAUUCGUCCUUUUGGACCAUACUCUUUCUCCUCGCCAUACCCAUAUCAUCUCAAGAAUGGCAAAAGAAGCCUCAGGAUUCAUUUGUAAUGUCACCUGUUAACCAAGCCCAACCAUCGUCUAUGGCCGAAGAUUGGGUUCGAAUGUCAGAUCAGGUACAACCUCCAGUCAGCGACCGUGUGGUACGAGCUAAUAGUCAUCAUGAAGAUGGCCAUUCUCUGCCAUUCAACCCUUCCAUGCGGCUACGUGAUGGAGUUUGGGAAGACGAAGGUCCGUUGUGGUUUAAGGAGCUUAGUCCUAAGCCUAAUCGACCGCCAGUCGCGCAAGCUGCACCUUUGUUCACGCAGAGACUUGAUGGAGAUAUCAAUGCUCAGUACAGGCCGCCACAGGGAAUUGAACAUUACGAUGCUCCACCACCACAGGCUAUUGUAGGUCGUUAUUUUUGUUUUUCUUUAUUCUUUUGGCUUGUUUUAUUUAAAAUGGCACUUUUUUUGGCAAUUUAAAAAAAUAAAAAAAUUUUUGAAAAACACGUUUCAUCGUAUAAAAUGUCCCUUUUAAAACUUUUUUUUAAAUUCUAUGCUUAUUAACACAUUCUUUUAAUAAAAAAAACUUUUUGAUAAGCUAUCCAUUUCAGACCCCCAGCUUCCAAAAACCACCACAAUCCUACCGCGCCAGCCAACAAUACCCCGCCCAACCGGUGGUACAAGGUCCCCAAGGCUAUGAUCAUGCCGCGAAUCCCUAUCAAACUCCAUCCGCCCCACCACAAGUUGGUCUAUAUUCACCACAAAACCAACAAGGCCAACAUAAACCAGUCUUCUUGGUCUCGGGUAGUCCACGCCAGCCGGCUCAGGUUUAUCAGCCACAAAUUCAACAGCCUCGAGCCGAAUACUUUGGCUCUUCACCAAGCAGUGUAACUCAGUACCCGGCCCCGAACCCGGUUACUAGAUCGCCGUAUGAGAGUGACAAUGAGUACCAUAAGCCAUCGUAUCCUAGUGGUCCUAAUGGUAAGACAUUUUGUGGUGUGAUGGGGGAGGGGAGUAUAGGGGGAAGGAGAAUUGGGGGGGGAGGGGGGGGUUUGGCUAUUAUUUUAUAUUGUGUUACAUCAUUUAAAGUAUUUUUCUUGUGAAAUUUCAUUUUUUGUUUGUUGCUGACGCAGUAAAACCGAUUUACUGCUGUUUACUCAAGAAUCCGAGAACCGGCACGCUGCGAUAUUAUCAUCGUGGAUUUAGCAAAAUCAGAUAAGCAACUGUUUUCGAAUUCAAAAACAUCUCGGGAUUUUUUACACUUUAAAAUAAAAAAAAAAUUCAAAAAUAAUCAAUAGCCGUUAUGAAGUGUCAAAAGCUAAAAAGAUUAACGGAAAGCCGGGCUUGACAAUAUGAGUCGCUUUUAAAGAAUUUGUAGUACAAACAAAGCCAAAUACAGCAGUUUAUAUCAAAUAUAAACCCUUACUUUAGGUCCACUACCAAACCGCUUCCCUCCGUCUAAUGUUCCACCAGCAAACUACGAAGAAACUGGUCCAAACGGCCCAGGAAAUGGUCCAAGCGGUCCAGAAAACGAAUGCACACCAGAAGGAAAUGAAUACGAAGGACCAAGCGGAGGAAUCAACUGUGGACCAAAAGGCCCAAGCGGCCCUGGCAGACCACAAGGCCCUGGAGGACCUCAACAACCACAAGGACCUGGAGGACCUCAAGGCCCUGGAUUCCCAAGUGGACCUGGAGGACCACAAGGACCAGGCUUUCCAAGUGGACCUGGUGGACCUCAAGGACCAGGAUUUCCAAGUGGACCUGGAGGACCACAAGGACCUGGAUUCCCUAGCGGCCCAGGUGGACCACAAGGCCCUGGAUUCCCUAGCGGACCCGGAGGACCAGAAGGCCCUGGAUUCCCCUAGCGGACCCGGAGGACCACAAGGACCUGGAUUCCCCUAGCGGCCCAGGUGGACCACAAGGCCCUGGAUUCCCUAGCGGACCCGGAGGACCACAAGGACCUGGAUUCCCUAGCGGCCCAGGUGGACCACAAGGCCCUGGAUUCCCUAGCGGACCCGGAGGACCACAAGGCCCUGGAUUCCCUAGCGGACCCGGAGGACCACAAGGACCAGGCUUUCCAAGUGGACCUGGAGGACCACAAGGUCCUGGAUUCCCUAGCGGCCCAGGUGGGCCACAAGGCCCUGGAUUCCCUAGCGGACCCGGAGGACCACAAAGACCCGGAUUCCCUAGCGGACCUGGAGGACCACAAGGACCAGGCUUUCCUAGUGGACCAGGAAAACCACAAGGCCCUGGAUUCCCUAGCGGACCCGGAGGACCACAAGGACCCGGAUUCCCUAGCGGACCUGGAGGACCACAAGGACCAGGCUUUCCAAGUGGACCUGGAGGACCACAACAACCGCAAGGACCAGGCUUUCCAAGCGGACCUGGAGGACCACAAGGCCCUGGAUUCCCUAGCGGACCCGGAGGACCACAAGGACCCGGAUUCCCUAGCGGACCUGGAGGACCACAAGGACCAGGCUUUCCAAGUGGACCUGGAGGACCACAACAACCGCAAGGACCAGGCUUUCCAAGCGGACCUGGAGGACCACAAAGCCCUGGAUUCCCUAGCGGACCCGGAGGACCUCAACAACCACAAGGACCAGAAUCUUGCCGACCUGGAGAAGCAUUUAAGCCUGGCCUACCAGGUCAACCUCCAUCACCAUGCCCGGGUUUCCCUAGAGGACCACAAGGCCCUCAACAGCCGCAAGGCCCAGAAUCUUGUCGACCUGGAGAAGCAUUUAAACCAGGACUACCAGGUCAACCACCAUCGCCAUGCCCUGGCUUCCCAGGCGGCCCACAAGGACCAACCGGGCCUCAGCAACAACAAGGGCCAGAAUCAUGUCAGCCAGGUGAAGCAUUCCGCCCUGGUUUGCCUGGCCAACCACCAUCGCCAUGCCCGGGUUUCCCUGGAGGACCACAAGGCCCUCAACAGCCACAAGGACAAGAAUCGUGCCGACCUGGAGAAGCGUUUAAGCCAGGACUACCUGGUCAACCACCAUCUCCAUGCCCUGGCUUCCCAGGCGGCCCACAAGGACCAACCGGGCCUCAGCAACAACAAGGGCCAGAAUCAUGUCAGCCAGGUGAAGCAUUCCGCCCUGGUUUGCCUGGCCAACCACCAUCGCCAUGCCCGGGUUUCCCUGGAGGACCACAAGGCCCUCAACAGCCACAAGGACAAGAAUCGUGCCGACCUGGAGAAGCGUUUAAGCCAGGACUACCAGGACAACCACCAUCGCCAUGCCCUGGCUUCCCAGGAGGCCCACAAGGACCAACCGGACCUCAACAACCACAAGGACCAGAAUCAUGUCAACCUGGAGAAGCAUUUAAACCAGGACUACCAGGUCAACCUCCAUCACCGUGUCCAGGCUUCCCAGGAAGUCCUCAAGGACCUGAACAACCACAAGGACCUGAAUCAUGUAAGCCAGGUGAAGCAUUUAAACCAGGACUACCAGGUCAACCUCCAUCACCGUGUCCAGGCUUCCCAGGAGGUCCUCAAGGACCUGAACGUCCGGAAAAACCAGAAUCGUGCCGUCCAGGAGAAGCAUGGAAACCAGGACCCCCUGGUCAACCACCAUCACCUUGUCCUGGUUUCCCGGGCGGCCCACAAGGACCUGAAGCACCACCAGUUCCUCCUCAAAUUCCUGGACAACCACAAGUUCCAAGACAGCCCGAGCAACCCGGACAACCGCAAAUUCCUGGUCAACCACAAGGUCCCGGCGGUCCUCAACAGCCGCAAAUCCCAGGCCAACCUCAGAUUCCCGGACAACCUCAGCAACCAGGUCAGCCUCAAGUCCCAGGUGGUCCCCAACAACCACAAAUACCCGGCCAACCACAAGGUCCUGGAGGUCCACAACAACCUCAAAUUCCUGGCCAACCUCAGCAACCCGGUCAGCCUCAGAUCCCAGGCCAACCGCAAGGCCCCGGUGGACCAGAACAACCACAAAUUCCCGGACAGCCUCAACAACCCGGUCAGCCACAAGUCCCAGGCGGUCCUCAACAACCUCAUAUUCCAGGCCAACCUGAGCAACCCGGACUAACACAGGGACCUGGAGGCCCACAGCAACCUGGUCAGCCUCAGAUCCCCGGACAGUCACAAGGCCCAGGUGGACCAGAACAACCACAAAUUCCCGGACAACCUCAGAUUCCAGGCCAACCUCAAGGUCCUGGCGGUCCUCAGCAACCUGGACAACCUCAAGGCCCCGGCCAACCGCAAGGCCCAGGUGGACCAGAACAACCACAAAUUCCCGGACAACCUCAGAUACCAGGCCAACCACAAGGUCCUGGAGGCCCACAACAACCAGGUCAACCCCAACUUCCAGGCCAACCUCAACAGCCUCCAGGGCCCGGUGGUCCUCAACAACCACAUAUUCCAGGCCAACCUGAGCAACCCGGACAACCACAGGGACCUGGUAGCCCGCAGCAGCCUGGUCAGCCUCAGAUACCCGGACAGCCACAAGGCCCAGGUGGGCCACAGCAACCUCAAAUUCCCGGCCAGCCUCAGAUUCCAGGCCAACCACAGGGUCCCGGUGGUCCACAGCAACCUGGACAACCUCAAGGCCCCGGCGGCCCUCAGCAGCCCCAGAUUCCAGGUCAACCUCAAAUUCCUGGACAACCUCAGCAACCCGGACAACCACAAGUCCCAGGUGGCCCGCAACAACCAGGACAACCCCAGAUUCCUGGACAACCACAAGGUCCUGAACAACCUCACGGUCCAGGCGGUCCUCAACAGCCUCAGAUCCCAGGUCAACCACAAGUUCCUGGAGGUCCACAACAACCUGGCCAACCACAAUUUCCGGGACAACCGCAAGGCCCAGGUGGACCAGAACAACCCCAAGGCCCUGGCGGUCCUCAGCAGCCACAAAUUCCAGGACAACCUCAACAACCAAACCAACCCCAGGGUCCAGGCGGCCCUCAGCAGCCUCAGAUUCCAGGUCAACCACAAAUUCCCGGACAGCCUCAGCAACCCGGCCGACCCCAAGGUCCUGGUGGCCCGCAGCAACCUGGUCAGCCUCAGAUCCCAGGCCAGCCGCAAGGCCCAGGCGGACCACAACAACCCCAAAUUCCUGGACAGCCACAGGGACCCGGCGGUCCACAACAGCCUCAGAUCCCAGGCCAACCACAAAUCCCAGGACAGCCACAAGGUCCUGGAGGUCCACAGCAACCAAGUCAACCCCAGAUUCCUGGCCAGCCUCAAAUCCCCGGUCAGCCACAGAUUCCAGGCCAACCUGAGCAACCAGGUCAACCACAAGGUCCUGGUGGUCCACAACAACCCGGACAACCUCAAGGACCCGGCGGUCCACAACAGCCUCAGAUCCCAGGCCAACCACAAGUUCCAGGUCAGCCACAACACGGUCCUGAAAGACCUAGUCCAUUUAUUCCUGGUCCUAGAUUCACUACGCCAUCUCCUUUCCCAACCUUAAUACCUACAUCGCCGCGUAGCGAGUUCACUACUCCAUCUCCAUUCGGGCCUAGCCCACCUGGAGGGCCUCAAGGACCACAGAAUCCAUUCGGACCUAGCCCAGGACAGCCAGAGAGGCCUCAGCAACCCGGUGGACCACAAGGACCGCAAAACCCCUUCGGACCCAGCCCAGGCCAGCCACAACGACCACCAUUCGGACCUUCACCAUUUGGCCCUUCACCAUCUCAGCCGCCUCUCGGAUCAACACCUUCUCCAUUCGUACCAACACCGUCUCCAUUCGGACCUUCACCAUCACAACCACCUUUCGGACCCACGCCCUCACCAUUCGGUCCAACCCCAUCACCAUUCGGACCAACCCCGUCUCCAUUCGGACCAUCACCCUCACAGCCAGGACAACCUCAACGUCCACCGUUCUUCCCUGGACAACCACAACAACCUGCUCUUCCAGGCCAACCACAACUUCCGGGACAACCACAACAACCUCAAGGACCGACUCCACCUCAACCACAAGUUCCAGCCGGACCUCCAGUACAGCCGGUUCCUCCACCUGGCGAACGGCCGAAAGAACAAGUUCCAAACAGAGUUAGAGGUACGUUGAUGGAUUAUUAAGCUAACAUUAACCUAUAGAUCAUAUCGAAUUCCAUUUUUUGUGACCAACCUUAUUUAUAGAAGAAAUAUUUUUCGAGGUUCAUGGAUAAUAUUCUUUGCUUCUAUAUGAUAUAUUAAUGUGUUCUAAACUAGUUUAUUCCCUAGUAUUAUAUUUCUAGUAUUGUUCUGCUUCGUUAAAUUCAGUUUUUAAAGUUUUACUUUUAGCUUGACGUUUCGUAUAUUAUCCAUCACACUAAUAUGUGGUGUCAUGGGUAAUAUCGAAAUAAAAUAGACACGUUUUGGCAUUUCAGCAAAUCUUAGUUAUUUUAAAAGUUUAGCCAGAUCAUUGCGCAUCUUUUGAGCCCAAAAAGGUGCUUAUUACACCAAAAAGAAUCAACUUAGUCGUUAAAAAUAAUAUUAGAAGCCAAAGCUCACUGUAAAAUCUAAAAAUCAAACAACUUUAAAUUAAAAAACUUACCUUUAUAACUCCUUGAUGUAUUUGAGCUGAUUUUCAGCCAUCGCUGCUUGAAAAUUAGGCUACAACAAUAUAAUAUAAAAUUUAUGUUUGAAACUUCAAGAAAAAGAAAUUCCGGGGCCAAUGAAGAAUCGUUACCCAGUGCAUUAUAGUUCCCAACGGUGCAUAACCGUUCCCCCAAUUAUUUAUUUUUAUAUUUUAACAUCUUCAAUUUAGAAAUAAACUUUGAGCGGUGGUGCGUUGGGGAGAGAUAGAUAGUAAAGGGUUAAGGAACAAUAGUAAAGCGUUGGGGAACGGUAGUAAAGCGUUGGGGAACGAUAGUAAAGCGUUGGGGAACGGUAGUAAAGCGUUGGGGAACGAUAGUAAAGCGUUGGGGAACGGUAGUAAAGCGUUGGGGAACGAUAGUAAAGCGUUGGUGAACGAUAGUAAAGCGUUGGGGAACGAUAGUAAAGCGUUGGGAAACGGUAGUAAAGCGUUGGGGAACGAUAGUAAAGCGUUGGGGAACGAUAGUAAAGCGUUGGGGAACGAUAGUAAAGCGUUGGGAAACGAUAGUAAAGCGUUGGGGAACGAUAGUAAAGCGUUGGGAAACGGUAGUAAAGCGUUGGGGAACGAUAGUAAAGCGUUGGGGAACGAUAGUAAAGCGUUGGGGAACGAUAGUAAAGCGUUGGGAAACGAUAGUAAAGCGUUGGGGAACGAUAGUAAAGCGUUGGGAAACGGUAGUAAAGCGUUGGGGAACGAUAGUAAAGCGUUGGGGAACAAUAGUAAAGCGUUGGGGAACGAUAGUAAAGCGUUGGGAAACGGUAGUAAAGCGUUGGGGAACGAUAGUAAAGCGUUGGGAAACGAUAGUAAAGCGUUGGGGAACGAUAGUAAAGCGUUGGGAAACGGUAGUAAAGCGUUGGGGAACGAUAGUAAAGCGUUGGGGAACGGUAGUAAAGCGUUGGGGAACGAUAUUAAAGCGUUGGGGAAUGAUAGUAAAGCGUUGGGGAGUCAUAGUAAAGCGUUGGGGAAUGAUAGUAAAGCGUUGGGGAACGAUAGUAAAGCGUUGGGGAACGGUAGUAAAGCGUUUGCGAAUAAUAGUAAAUUGGAAUACGUAGUCAAUUACCUCGAAUACUGUGUUUUAUGGCGUAAAGUUCGGUGGCCAAAACCAGGAUCCUUGAGCCCAUUGUACGCCAUCUGUGUCGAGACCGAAAGGUUAGAGUUCGAAAAGUAGGUACCAUGACGAAUAGAGCGGGUUCAGCAAUCAGUACUUCCGUUUCGACAUCUCCACUACAACAACAUAUGAUAAAUAUAAACAACUAACUUACCAUGUAUUUAUCGGCCAGUUUAGACUUUUUUGACAACUUCAUAAUCGACGAACAUUGCUGGCACGAAUAAGCCGGUGGGAGAAGAGAGUUGUCUAUUAUGGUCUGAAUAGCAGAAACUGGUGCCAUGCUGUACUAGUUUUUUGCGGUGAUUUGGUAUAUGCUUGCUCCUCUUGUACCGAGUUCCAUUUUUCGACCAUCCCAGACCAAAUUGAAAGAAAGAAUGAAAAGCCAUCAUGAAAAUGAAAAAAUGUGUAAAGCAAAAAUUUGCAUAGGUUUAUUUAUUCUCACCGUGGGGAACGAUUAUGCCUUUAUGAGUGGGGAACGAUUCUUCGAUUUUGUGGGAACGAUUUUGCAUGAGCGCCGAAAUUCCUUUGAAAACUUAAGUAGUAAAGGAAUUAGAAACUGAUUAGAAAUAAAAUAAUAGAGAAUAAAUCAGUUACGAACACAUUAAUAAACUGAUUAGAAAGGAAUAAAAUUAUCCAUGGCCACGGAAAAAUAUUUUUUUUGGAAAAUUGUCGGCGGAAUUUAGAAAAUGCGUCAUCGGGAACAAUUUUUAGUUGAAUUUCUUGUUUUCUUAACUAUAAUUUUAUCAGUUCAGAUUUAAAAUUUUUUUUUAUUUUUUAAAAUUGUGUUUUUAUUACCUAAAAUUCAAUAUUAUCCAUCGUGUUCAUUAAUUGAUUUUUAACUUAUCAUUUUAUUAGUAAAUAAGUAAUAUUCUGUGAUGUAAAAGCCAAUAUUAUCCUUGGCAUUAAUUGAACUUUUGUUUUCUCAGUAAAAGAUAAUGUUUUAUUACCUAAAAGUCAAUAUUAUCCUUGGCAUCCAUUAAAAAACUCAAUAUUAUCCUUGAUAAUCAUUAGCAAACUCAAUAUUCCUCUUGCCAUCUAAUAAAAAUUUGAUUUCAGGCAAAGCCAGAGUGAUUUGCGAAGAGAACGGCAUCGACUUUGGCGUGAACACGAUCUUCCCCUUCACCGGCGAGAUCUUUGCCAACGACAAGAAGCGAGUCCCGUCUUGCGUCCAUACCUUCAAAGACGCCCUCAACAUCAAUGUCUCCUUCUCCUACCAAGAAUGCGGUGUACCCAAUCCUGGUCAUUUCAACGGCAGCGUUGAAGCCCCGUCUCAUAUGCAAAUCAUCGUGAUGUUCCAACAACCGAACGGUGAGACCUCGAUUCAAAGCUACAUUGCUCAAUGUGCUCAACAAAGGAUCAAGUACAAGAAGACCGAGAUUCCGAAGCGCAUUGACGAAGCUCUGGAGGAGCUGCAUUUCACGCCGACAAAGCUGGAACAGAAGGCGGCCGUUCCUGAAUGUGAAAUGAAGAUUGUCACGGACCUGGAGCAUCAUAAAGAAGGUGAUGGUACGGAAGUUGAUCGGGUUGAUGUUGGUCAACCGUUGAGAUUGGAGUUCUCGUUGAAUCCGGAGUCUGGUAAGGAGAAUAAUAAUUUUUUUUGGGGGUGGUAAAAUUUUUUUUGGAAGGGGGUGGUAAAACAUUUUUUUGAAUUGAAAAAAAAAUUUUUGGAGAGGGUAAAUUUUUUUUCUGAUGUUCACAAGGAUGUUUUUACCAAAAAAAUCUACUCCACUCUCUAUUUUCAGACGCCUACGGCCUUCUAGUACGUAACUGUAUCAUUCGUGACCUGGUCAGUGGAGAUGAACAUCCAGUGAUCGAUAACCAAGGCUGUUCGACCGAUUUGAACAUUCUUGGUCAUCCUCAUUACGACACGUAUCAUGAUGUUGUCAGAGCUCCAUUGAGUGCCUUCAAACUGCCCGACCAUACACGAUUCAGCAUCAGAUGCGAGAUGCAGGUGUGCUCGGACAUUCCAGAUGAGAAUGGCGUCAAGAGCUGUGAUGAGAUCAUGACUGUGAGUUGAAGGAACUUUGUUUACAAGAAGAAGCUUUGGAAAUGAUUUUUAGAGUAUAAAAUUAUCAAAAACUUUUUUUACAAGGGGUUUUAAAAAGUUUUGUCGUUAAUUUACCUGCAUUUGCACGGCGAAAAACGACAAAACUUUUUUGACUUGUUUAGGUAACAAAAUUUUUUUUGGAAAUUGCAAAAUCUUUGUUUACAGCAUCACACAUUAUUAGAGAAAUGAAAAAUUGUAAAAACUUUGUUUACAGAAGCCUUGAAAAAGUCUUGUCGUCAAUUUACCUACAUUUGCGCGGACAAAAACGACAAGUCUUUUGAAUCGGUCUAAUACUAAAUAAAAAAAUUUUCGUUUGUCCUUUUAAACAAUUAAAGAAUCCGUAUUUUAGCCCCCAUUCUGUCCAGACAUCAUCACUUCGCCCCAGAAUUCCGUCCUCUUCGAUGGCCGUUCCAACAACGUUCGUCGUUGGAAACGUAACGUUCCGGAAGAGAACGUCAAGAUCAAUCAUCACAAAUCGCUUCAAAUGAAGAAGUCGGUGUUCGAAAUGGAAGUUCAAGCGGAUUUGUGUUUGGGCAAGAAGGACGACCCCAAUUGCAGCGACGAAGCACGACAAUCGGCAAAGGAACGGCAGGUUGAGAACGGUGAGUUAAGAAUUGGUUUUUUCUAGGGAUAGAGGAGGGUUAGGGUAAGGUAAGGUAAGGUAAAAGUAGAGGUCAGGUUGGGCAAGGGUAGAGUAGAAUAGAAUAGAGUUGGGUUAUGGUAGGGCAGGGUAGGGGAGGGUAGGGUAGGGUAGGGUAGAACAAGGUAAAAUUAUGCAUUAGAAAGAGUAAGGGUAGGGUAAAAAAGUGCCAGAGUAAAGUACGACUACUCUACAGUAAACCAAUACUAGGGCUAGGAUAAGAUAUGGGGUAGGAUACGGUAGAAAAAAGUUUAGAUAGGGUUAUAUACAGUAGGGUAGUAGUAGGGUGGAGCUAUGAUAGGACUAGAUUAGGGUAACAUAUAAAGGUGUAGUAAUGUUAAGCUAUAGUAGCGCUAGAGUUGGGUUAAAAUACGACAGUAAAAGGAUAAUGAUAGGCUUACAUAGGGUCAGAUACUGUAAGAGUAGUCUACUUGUGGUAGAUUUAAGUAGGGUAAGGAAGAAUAGGAUAUCGUAACGUUGGGUGGCUAGGGGAGACAGAACAUACUAGGGUAGGGUAUGGAAGGGUAGGGUAAGGUAAGGUAAUUUAGGGUAGGGUAAGAUAGGGUGGAGUACGGUAACAACUUUUCCCAUUUUCAGCAGCAAAAAAGCACUAUCCUCACUGUGUUUCGAAGGUCUGGAUCAGUGUGAUCAGUGCUUUCACAGUCUGGACCUUCUUUAUUGCCAUUGGCUUCCAUAUCUACUUGGCGUUGCGGGCAUCACGCUACGUUUAA